AUGCCGGCGUCGAGCUCGUCGUCGACGGAGAUCGGGAUGGAGCCCCAGUCGGCGCCGGCGGUCGGGGAGGCCGGGUGGGUCGCCAUCGCCGAUUCGCCUAGGGGGUUGUUCCUCCUCUGGCCCGAGAUUCGCCCAGGCGGCUGGUGGUGGUACUACGACUCCGAAUACAACUGGACACGGGAGCUGAAACGCCGAAACGCUAUAUUGACCAAUGAGAAGGAUGAACUAGAGCGUAGGGCGCGGCGGUUGGAGCACCAAAAGAAUGACCUGCAGAAGCAACUGGAUGAGAGGAGGAGGGAUGCGUAUGUGUCCUCAAGAAAGGUCUCAACACUAGAGUACAGGGUGCGGAAAUUGGAGCAUCAAAACACGAAUUUGUCCUGUGAGCUGGUGAAGCAACAGGAGGACACGAGGAGGGAUGCGUAUGUGUCCUCAAGAAAGGUCUCAACACUAGAGUACAAGGUGCGGGAAUUGGAGCAUCAAAACACCAAUUUGUCCCGUGAGCUGCAGAAGCAAUUGGAUGAGAGGAGGAGGGAUGCAGUACAGGGUGCGGGAAUUGGAGCAUCAAAACACCAAUUUGUCCGUGAGCUGGUGAAGCAACAGGAGGACACGAGGAAGGCGGGCUUGCUAUUCAUGAAUGCUGCUGACAAGUACCAAGAAGAAGCAAGGAAUCAACUUAGGGAAAAGGUAGAGGAAUUGGCGAACAUGAGGAAUGCAGGCCUACUAAUAAUGAAUACCGCUGAUGCAUACCAAGAGGCGGCAAGGAAGCAAGUUAAGGAAAAGGUGGGGGAAUUGGAGGACACAAGGAAGGCGGUUCUUGUGCUGAUGAACGCAGCCGAUACAUACCAACGAAUGGCAAACAAGAAAAUUAAAGAUAUGAAGGAGGAAUUGAAGGUCAUUGGGGCCCAGAAAGCAGAGAUGGAUGCAAGGGCAGCAUCUUUGGAGGGUGAUUAUGACAAGGUGAAGGAUGAAAAUGAAAAGCUUAGGCUGAAGGUUGAGAGGCUCAUGAUGGAAUUGGGUGUCUUCACUGAGGCAAAAGAUGCAGCUGCAAACUCAUGUAAUACUGAGACACCAGAAAUCAUGAAGGAAUUGGAAAAUCUUGAAACAAAGGUGGAGGAAACUCAAGCUAGCAUGGAUUUGGUGAAAGGUGAAAAUGAUAAACUUCGGCCGGGUAUUCUUUUAAGGGAACAGGAGGGGUGGUACUACACCUCCGAAUACAACUGGACGCGGGAGCUGGAGCGCCGAAACACUAGACUGACCAAUGAGAAGGAUGAACUGGAGCGUAGGGCGUGGCGGUUGGAGCGCCAAAAGAAUGAGCUGCAGAACCAACUGGAUGAGAGGAGGAGGGAUGCGUAUGUGUCCUCAAGAAAGGUCUCAACACUAGAGUACAGGGUGCGGGAAUUGGAGCAUCAAAACACCAAUUUGUCCGGUGAGCUGGUGAAGCAACAGGAGGACACGAGGAAGGCGGGCUUGCUAUUCAUGAAUGCUGCUGACAAGUACCAAGAAGAAGCAAGGAAUCAACUUAGGGAAAAGGUAGAGGAAUUGGCGAACAUGAGGAAUGCAGGCCUGCUAAUAAUGAAUACCGCUGAUGCGUACCAAGAGGCGACAAGGAAGCAAAUUAAGGAAAAGGUGGGGGAAUUGGAGGACACAAGGAAGGCGGUUCUUGUGCUGAUGAACGCAGCCGAUACAUACCAACAAAUGACAAACAAGAAAAUUAAAGAUAUGGAGGAGGAAUUGAAGGUGAAGGAUGAAAAUGAAAAGCUUAGGCUGGAGGUUGAGAGGCUCAUGAUGGAAUUGGGUGUCUUCACUGAGGCGAAAGAUGCAGCUGCAAACUCAUGUAAUACUGAGACACCAGAAAUCAUGAAGGAAUUGGAAAAUCUAGAAACAAAGGUGGAUGAAACUCAAGCUAGCAUGGAUUUGGUGAAAGGUGAAAAUGAUAAACUUCGGCCGGGUAUUUUUUAA